AUGGCAUCCAAAGCCGGUGCCGCCGCCGCCGCCGCCCUAGGCGGCUCUAGCGCUCCUGUUCCUGCGGAUACUGCUGCACAGACUUCGACAUCUGCUGGGACCGGAGCAACUGCUACCCAACCUACCACCGCUUCCACCGAAACAACCUCUUCGACUACGGCUGCUCCCACAUCUACUACCACUGAACCGACUACCACCAGCAGCACUACGACCAGUACUAGUAGCACUCACACGACCGAGCCUACCACGUCGACCCCCGAGUCCACGUCCACUCCGACUACUUCCACUUCGUCCACCUCCACUUCUUCCACUUCUUCCACUACAACCGCCCCGUCCACCACCUCAACCCCCGAGACGACAGCUUUCCCCUCGACCUCCAGUGGUAGUCAGGGAACCACUGUGAUUUUUGUCACGUCCACCCAGAGUGCCACUGAUACCGGUGGCCCGUCUAUCAGCGCAACCGAUUCGGCCGCGCUUGCAACUUCCACCUCGGCGGCAGGCUCCUCUGGCGGUCUUUCUCCCAGCGGCACAAUCGCCGUCGCAGUGGUUGUGCCGGUUGCUUCGGUGGCGUUGAUUAUCUUGGCGCUGCUCUUCUUCUGGCGUAAGCGCAAGGCGAACAAGGCGGCCGAGGAGGAGCGCCGCAAGGAAGUAGAGGAGUACGGAUUCAACCCGAACAAUGACCCAACUCUUCCCGGUAUGGCAGGCGUCGUGAUUCCUAAGGACGACGAAUCCUCUGGCUACCGCGGCUGGGGAACCACCUCUGCCGGGCGCAAGGCGUCCACCAACCUCUCUAGUGGAAUGGGUGGUCUGGCCAUGUCGGAAGGAAGCAGCCCCGGUUAUCACCAUGGUGCAACACCCAGCGAAGGCACCGUUCAAUACUCUGAUGGCGCUCGGCCCGACUCUGGCGAGAUUGUUGAACCCAUCGGCGUGCUGGGUGCCGCCCCAGUGGCUGCGAACAACCGCAACGGGGAUAUCCACCGUGGCCCCUCCAAUGCAUCCUCCGCUUACUCGACAGCCAACCGGUCCGAAGCAUCGGAGGAAAGUCACAUGUCCGCUGCCCACCCCUCAGGUGGUUACUACGGUGAGAACCCGUACUAUGGCGACAUCAACACACACGGUGCAUACGGUGGCGAGGACUACCAGCCUGUGAUCCGCGAUGUCCAGGCUCGCCGCAAUACCCGUAUCGAGAACCCCGGUGUCUAUCCUCGACAGGGGAAUGCCGGUAUCGCGCAGAACUUCUAA